AUGGAUAACUCACCUACAUCGGGAAAAAAGCGCUCAGCAAAGUAACCACUCAAACAACUUGAAGAAGAGGUGAUGAGUUAGACUCCUGUUGGUGGUAAAUCCAAAGUUAAAAAGGAUUAGAGUCAGCAAGAUGAGACUAGCUAGAAAUUCUUUUAAUCAUUAAAAGAUAUUGAAGUACAUCUGGGCCCAUCAUUGUGCGGCAUUUGUGAUAGAGAUAUUGGCAAAAGCAUUAAGAUAAAGUGCCUAGAAUGUGUCAACCAACCUCUCAAUAUGUGCCUCGAGUGUCUGAGAUUUGGAAGAAUUUCAAAUGAUGUGCCAGAGCAUUAACCUAAUCAUAGUUAUUUCGUUUAUGAUAACCUGAACUUCCCUCUUUUUACUAAGGAUUGGACAGCAAAAGAGGAGCUACUAUUAUUAUAGGGUAUUAUGAAAUGCGGGCUAGGAAAUUGGGCUGACAUUGCUAGCAAAUUUGUUGAAACCAAGGAUAUGAAGGAAUGUGAGGAGCAUUACUUCUGCUUUUACUACAAAUCUAAGGCAGAAUCACUUCCUUCAGAAGAUGACUUCAUUCUAAAAAAUUAGAAACAACUUAGACCAGAUGGGACUCCAUAUAUUUCGAUAGAUGAAGAUAAAAAUGUGCAAGCAUUAAGAAGAGUAAAAGAAUACUAAAUAAAAAAGCAAGUUGAAGCUGAAGCAGAGCAAAGAGAAUUCUAAUAGUAGCCAAUAUUAUAAUAGAAUGACCCUAAUAAUUAGCAACAAGGAAGAGCUGGCAAUAAAAGCUAGAGAAAUAAUGCUGGUACCCCUGAUCUUCAUGCAAUUGUAGGCUAUAUGCCUAAAAGAAAAGACUUUGACCAGGAGUAUGAUAAUGAUGCUGAUACACUUCUCGCUGAUUUAGAGUUUUAUGACGACGAAUCUGAAAAUGACAUCAAACUCAAAAACGAAGUAAUUGAGAUAUACAAUGCAAGGAUUGAUGAGAGAAUAAGAAGAAAGAAUUUUGUGAUUGAAAGAGGUCUCUUGGACUACAAAAAGAACCAUAGACUAGAAAAGUCUAAAACAAAAGAGGAAAAAGAGAUAAUAACAAGCAUGAAGAUAUUUGCCAGAUUUAAUACUCCAGAGGGGCACGAUAGAUUAGUCAAUAGUUUAAUCAAAGAAAGACUACUCAGAGAGGUGAUUGAACAGUUGAAGUUCUUUAAAUAGAAAGGACUUACCAGUCUUGAUCAGAUAGAAAAGUUUAUCGAUUUGCAAAAGAAGAAAAACACCUCAAAUCACAAUCUUAGCAAUCAAGAUAGACCCAAAUAUGAUGAAGUAGAGAAACUUUUGCAGAAUCCCAGAGAUUUUAUUAGUUCAAAGAAUACCUAACUGCUUGAUGCAACUUCUCUUGACAAAAAAUAUUAAAAAGGAUAAGCUUCUAGAAAUCUUAAUUCAAGUCCGAUGAUGGCAGAGCCUCGCUGGGAGCAACUAGAUAAUAAAGAAAAAAAUCUCUGCGCUGAGAUAAACUUGAAACCAGAUGACUACCUGAACUUGAAAUAAAAGAUUAUUGAGUAAUAGGCAAAGAACAAAAAUAUCACUUAGGCAUUGCUGAAUGAGAGAGGAAGAGACUUGAAGAUAAUCAAGGAAAAGAUUCCACUUAUUUUCGAUUUCUGGGUGAAAUCUAAUAUGAUCAACAGCAAAUGA